AUGGCUAGUUUGACGGACAACUCGAACACAAGUUCUGACAUUUCUUCUUGGUCGUCUAUCCUCCCUCUCGUCGUAUUCUUCGUAACAAAUAUCAUAAUCAUAUUCCCCUCCUCCGUUCCCAUUCCGUUUUUUGUUCUACGCCUCGUCCGAAACACACUCGUCUCGGCCCGCAUCAUCUCACCACCACUGGACUCAUCUGCCUCUCGCAGAAGACAAUUCCACUUCAAUUUUAUCACCGUUCCACUAAUCAGCGUUCUCGUUCUCCUUGCCUGUGGCGCUAUUGAUGGAACGACGAUACAUAGGGGUAUCGUGGGAGCCGAUGGAGUACAUCCCAUCGAUAUCAUGGCUUUGUUCAUUUCGCUGGCAUAUCUAUCCAUAUCUCUAGAUGCCACAGGCCUAUUUCGAUUUCUCGCCUUCUGGGUCGCAAGAAAAGGCGGCAAGUCGGGCCAGAGGCUCUAUUUUUAUAUUUACUGCUUUUUCUUAGUUAGUGGGGUCAUCGUUGGGAACGAUCCAGUCAUCCUCUCCGGCACGGUAUUUCUAGCGUACCUCACGCGUAUGUCUGGCAUAACACCACCGACAGCGUGGAUCUACGCUCAAUUUACUGCUGCAAACAUGGCCUCCGCCGUCCUCGUCUCUUCUAAUCCGACGAACCUUGUCCUCUCUGGCGCCUUCAACAUCACCUUUAUAACCUACACCUCAACUCUCAUUCUCCCCUUCAUAGCAUCCGCAAUCAUUGUUUAUCCCGUGCUCGCCUGCUUGCUACUCAGGAAAGAAGGGUUGAUUCCGAAGAGGAUCGACCUUGGCUUCGAUGAUGAUGCCGGAAUCGAGACACAAAAUUCUGACAACAGUCAACUCCAAGGAGUUCAAGCCAAUGAAGGCAAUAGUGAUAGCGUCUCAUUGGCAGCCACUGCCGAAAUCGAACUCGAACGCGCCCCUUCGACAAACGCAACCUUGACCCUCCACGAUAAACCAGGGGCCAUUUUCGGCUCUGUGCUUUUGCUCGUGACGCUUGCGGUGUUGGUGGGCACGUCGACGAUAGGAGUGCAGGUUUGGCAGGUGACGGUCCCUCCUGCGUUGAUCAUGCUGGGGAGGGAUGCGUGGUGUGAUUGGAGGAGGUGGAGGGAAGCGGAGAAGGGAAGAACUGAUGGGCAUGGUGAAGAUAGUGGUGGUACUGGCGAAGUGAGCGAUAUUGAAGCGGUCAUGGAGGAUUCCACGUCGGAAAGGCCGAUCGAAAUGCAGAGGAUGAAAUCCAACGAACUUCCACCUACCGCUCAAAAUCAGAACACUUCGGAACCAGAAUCUGACCUGCCCCCGCCCCAAUAUCAGCGCCACCAACCCCAACGGGUCACUCUAUCUUCCCUCUUUACUCCCACCGUCACCUCCCUCCAACACAUCUUCCCAACGAUUCACACCCUAUCCCAGCGGCUCCCGCUCCCUCUCCUCCCAUUCGCAUUUAUGAUGUUCAUUCUCGUACAAGGUCUCGCCUCCAAAGGUUGGGUAGAGAUAUUUGGCGGUUGGUGGGAUAGUUGGGUUAGGAGGACAGGGGUCGUGGGUGCUGUGUUUGGGAUGGUGGGUAUUAGUGGGGUGUUGUGUAAUGUCUGCGGAACGAAUAUCGGAACCACCAUCCUCCUCGCGCGCACCCUCCAAGCCUGGCUCUCUUCCACCACCGGCACCACCACCUCCGACACACCGUCCAAACUCCUCCAAUACGCCUCGAUCUACGCCCUAGCCCUCGGAUCGAACUACGGCGCGUUCACCUUUACUUUCGGGGCUUCGCUCGCCGGGUUGUUGUGGAGGGAUAUAUUGCGGCAGAAAGGAAUUGUUGUGAGACGGCUGGAAUUCGCAAAAAUCAACGUCGCGCUUUGGAUCGUCGCUUCUCUGGCAGGUGGGGCGGUCUUGGUCGGACAAGCGAUCAUUAAACAUGGAUCGUGA